AUGACCGACAAUCUCCUCGCUGGCCCCGCUCCGAGGCCUACCUUCUCGCCCAGGCAGAUUGCUGCCUUCUACUUCAAGCCCUGCCUGGACGAGGAGGGAAAGACGACGGGCUACUAUGCCUGCAAGACCUCUGCUAAGCGCCGCAAGCACGCGCCCAAGUCAGGCUACAACAACUUGGUGUCACAC